ACAAGCAGAAGUGUACGGAAGUAGCGUGCUUCAAGAGGGUGUAACAGGUGAAGCCGAACCUGCUGCCUAUUUUUUUUUGUUCCAGCGGUUCUAAAAUAAAUGUUUGUAUAUAUAUUUUUGUAUCACAUAAAUGUCGAAACUGUGAACACACCGUACUUUAGGAUUUGGUAAUAGACAUAUCUCCGUUCGAGCGUUUUCAUACGAUGGAAAGGAAUUGUACCACAGCAGAAAAAAGAAAGCCGGCUUCACCUUUGAGGAGAAAAAGCACAAAUGCAGAUACCUGCUCGGCGAGGGCGGAAACCUGUGAUGCUAACGAUGUUGCUCGUGCCAGGUGGACUCUGCUCAGACAGGUGCUGCGUCAGAAGCAGUUAGAAAGCCCAGAGAUCCAACAGGUGUCUGUGCGCAGGUUCGCCACCUUUGACCUUUUCAGCAGGGAACUUCUUGAGGCAAAAGAUGUCUGUGAUACCUCAGAUGCCCAGUGGGUGGAGUACAGAAGUGUACACUUUCCUGAGUACAGUGCCUUACUGAGGGAUAACCUUGGGCCAGUUAGAGUUAAUGAAGUGCUCAACAGUUUUGACAACACUGGCAAUAUCUGUGUUUGGCCAUCUGAGGAGGUAAUGGCACAUUACUGCCUUCAGAAAAGACACACCUUCAAGGGCGCAGUAUGUGAGUUAGGAGGAGGCAUGACUUGCCUUGGUGGGCUCAUGGUUGCCAUUUCUGCUGACGUGAAGGAAGUUCUUCUAUCAGAUGGCAACGAGAAGUCCAUCCAAAAUGUUCAAGAGGUAAUUGAAAAAAACAAGCAAGCGGGAAAGUUUGGAUCCACACACGUGUCCUCCAGGGUGCUGAGGUGGGACUGUGAAAAAGACAUUUCAGCCUUUGAAGAUCAUUUUGAUGUCAUCAUGUGUGCAGACUGUUUGUUUCUGGACCAAUACAGAGCCAGCCUGGUUGAUGCUAUAAGGAGAUUAAUGCACCCCAAAGGCAUGGCGUUAGUGUUCGCCCCUCGACGAAGUGAAACUCUGAGCCUGUUUUGUGAGCUGGCGCAGCAGGCCGGACUGUGCGUAUCUCAGCACCAGCAGUAUGAUGCUCAGGUCUGGGAUGUUCACCUAAAGAUGCAAAGAGAAGGGAAACAAGUGUAUGAUGAGAACAUCCACUAUCCUCUCCUCAUCAUCUUAACCAAAGGACCUCAACCUUUUAGCCAUUCUCAGUAGACCAAAACAAAUGUGCCCUCAGCUAUUUACAAUUCUCAACACUGUUUUCGUUUUAUCUUAAAGAGAUGGGAAUUUAUUUCACCUUCUUGCAUUUAAUCAUUUCUCACAAGCGCAGAAAAAGCACAGCCUGUUCAGAAUUUAUUCAUCGCAAUCAUUGCUUGUCCAAGGAACCGAAACCACACUGACAAUCAGUCUUCUGGCCUCUCAGCCAGUUAACCAAUCAGUGUUCUGCUGGACAUUCAGCUACAUAUAUGUUUCCAUACAUCUAUCGACUGUCUUGGUCUAUAUGUAGGAUCUUUGUCGGGUUUUUUUGGCCUGAACGUAUCACUUUUAACCCACACUACUGUGUUUUUCAGCCUCAGCAUGAAGGCCCAUUUUCACUCACACUGAGGCAGAGUGUGGAGCAGCUUCCCACUUUUACUUUAAUCCUGCUCUUUCAUCCCUUUAGAAGUCAGUCAUAAUAACCUCAUUUGUGCAUCACACACAACAGUGCAUUAACACUUACUGAAGAGCAGUUGUUGCCUCCAGAGUUCACUGAAUGCAGUUGAACAGAAUUCCGAUUCACAAGUGUCCGGUGUCUCGAUGUCAAAGUCAUCCAGUCGCCAUCAACACCAGACCGUUCAGAUGCUGUGGAGAUGAGUUUGUGUCAGAUGUUUGAACUCGUGUUUUACAUUUAUCGACCUAAAACUGUGGAAUCUGUUGAGAAGAAAAUUUGUGUGUCUUACAAAAUGUUUCUAUUUUUGACUGCAUAAAUCCAGAUACUCCACAUUUAGCUUUCACAUUUAAUGGAUGAGACCACUCUCAUAAAUGCAUAUUUUGGAAUCAUCAUAUCUAAAUUUGAUCAUUUAGUUUACUUAUCAAAAGAAUCAUUUUUCUAAUGUGUUCUCAGGUUCUGCUCUUGUUUCGCUCUCAGUCUCAAACACUAUUCAUUAGUACACUAAAAGUGUGUAUUUCACUGUGAUCCAUCGACAUCAGUAAGAAGCUAUGCAGAAUCUAUGGGGUAAGGAAUCUUUCAAAAAGAAACACAUUCAUAAAGACAAAGUUGUGCACAAAGUAUUAAUUUGUGCACAACUUUGCAAAAAAAAUCUGAAUAGAACAUUUAGUUUUACGUUUAAAGUGUCUGUUUUGAAUAUGACUUGUCUUUGUCUUAAAUACAAAAUAUCUCCUGCCUAACUCGCUGUCAAUAAAAACAUCACGGGGUCACAGGCGUAUACAUCAAGUCCCGAAACCAGAUUCUUCAAAUGUGUGCAUGUGUAUUGAUGUUUAUUUAUUAGACUACAAUAAAAUAGUACUUUUUAUAAUGUUAUUGAUCCCAUAACGGGGAAAAGAUCUUGCUGUCAUAUCUCUGUUGAAAGUUGAAUAAAACAGAUCAUAAAACAGCGAUUUCUUGACCCAUUUUGUCGACAGCAGCUGAUCGUGUAAACAAUAAACCAGCGGAUGGUUUCAGUCCCAAAAGUUGGGGAAAACAGCCCAGAAAGCGGUAGCAGACAUGCCACUCUACUUAUAAGUUGUCAAAGAAAAAAGUGCAUGUCUGUUAAAAUUGGUUGAUAUUAAGAGGAUAACGAAAAAAAAGUAGCUAAGCUAACUCGGAGCUAAAGUAGUCUAACGACUGUUGCUGCUGUAAAAAAGACCAAAUAAUAAAUACAUUUAAAAAAAAAAAACAUCAGUAGGAUCAGAAUACCUAACUUUGUUUUUUUGGGGGGAACUUGCUUUCUUUUAUUUUCAGCUAUUGUUAUUGUCGGCCACCAGUUAGCAUACUUCAGGACAGAGUUGGCUUUCUGAUUUUAUUUUUAUUUUUUUCCAUCCAUUUUCUUAACCCACUAUAUCCCUUUUGGGGUUUUGGUGCUGCUGGUCCCGGUUACUGUUGGCCGGAGGCGGGGUACUCCUGGACAGGUCCAGGGGGCUAGAGCAAAAGCGCUCAGCCCGCCUGUCCUGGGAAUAAACUGGCUGUCGAAGCGGGGAUCCCCUGCCCUUGGCUGGCGGCCAGAUAGGAGCGGGUGGCAGCAGGGAAGCAGGGAUCCCUCUGCUGACUGCUGGAUUUUUUUCAAUUUAGUUUAAUCCUUCUCUUACUAUCUCUUUUUUUUGACAAACAUGGAGUUUAUUUACACCUAAUAGGAGGGAUGUCUGCUGCUCUUAUGUCCCACCACCUCCCGGUCUGGUUCAUUGUUUAUUCUGUCAGCUGUUCUAGCCUUGCAACAAAAAAUGUGGCCGGAUAUCGCUGUUGUAAUCUGCUUUUUUAUGUAUGUUUUUUUUUAAAUAGAUAUAUUCAACAGAACUUUUGUAUCAACAUCAUUUUAUUCUAAAAAGCUGAUUUCUAUCAUAUUUCAAUAAAUGAGGCUCAAAGCGCAUGCUCACUCAGUCAAAUCAAUGUUUCAGGACUUGAUGUAUACGCAUGUGACCCCGUGAUGUAUUUUUGACAGUGAGUUAAGCAGGAAAAAAGUAGUAUUUAAGACAAAGACAAAUCGUAUUCAAAACAGACAUGUUAAACCUAUUUUUUAUUUAAAGUUGUGCACAAUGUUGUAUUAUUUUUCUGACUCUUACCCCAUAAGUAUCUCCCUGUGGCUGCUCUCAUGUUCUAAUUUAGUUCACCUUUAGAUAUGUAAUUGUUGAUAAACACCCCAAUCCUAUGAAUUUAAAAUGCAAAUUCUUUUCAGCAGUAUCUUAUGAAAUUAGAUCCUUUUGAAAUAUUUUCUGCAUUUGAAAUCGUGUGAUACUUGAACACUGUGACCGUGUGCAGUGCCAUCACCCGCAUAAACACUAAUGUUUUUUUUUCAAGUUUUGCGCAGAGUAUCGUUUUAAAUCCCGGUGACGUCCUUAAACUGCUGUGAUGUCACUUUUUUACCCACCGCUUGUCACUGUGACAACAGCCAGUCAAGAUGUUACUAAUGGUGAUUAUCGGGUUUUUAUAUGGAUUUGAUCUGUCAUCAGCAUGGGAAAGCCUGUGACAGGCAUGAACUCUGAACAGUUGACUCUCAGCCAAUGAGCUUUUUACUGAAUUAGGUCACUUUCAAAUUUGAUUUUUUGACUAUUUCAAUACUAAUUAGAAGGAAAGCCUAAUGUAACUUAUCAAAAAAUGAAAAAAAAAGUACAAUUUGACAGAUUUCAAAUUGUCAAAGUUUACCAGGCCUAAUCCAUUUUUUUAAGUUUUACAAAUAAUAGAUAUUGAAUUCAGUUAUUGUGGAAUAUCUUUAUGCCUUCCUUAAUUCAGGGAUGUGAAUGGGUUGAUGCAGAAAACAAAGUAACUUCAAAGAUUUUGUUUAUUCAAGGUUAGUGUGGAUGUGGCGGCAAUAAGUGAGUCCCUUUUGUCAGUUUUCUAAAACCAGUUGCAUUGUGGGAAUGCGAUUGAUUGAUUGGUUAAUUAAGUCUGUGUUUUAUUGAAGACAAAAUAAAUCUGAUGUAAAAUUGCUUUCUACUGUAUUCCUCUGAAAUUUGUCAAUUAGAAAAUGUGCCGUUUUAUGAACUUAUUUCAUUUUAUCAAAAAGAUUAAAAUGUUUUCCCUCUGCUGAUGUGAAAUGUUGAUCUAGUCGUGAAAAACUGUGCUCCACAUUGAUUAAUGCUUUCAGAUGUAAUAAAGUUUUUCCUCAGACCCAGA